AUGAACUUGAAGAAAAGCUUUUUGAUUGCUGUUCUGAUGUUCCUUGAGGCUGUUGCUGCAACAGGUAAAGCACAAGGCAUACAGCUGCACAUGAAACCAACGCUUGUGGAAUGCCUGAUAGUGCUGAUUGAAAGAGAACCUAUCCACAUGCUGGUUGACACCGUGCGCCAGGAUGCCAUGUACAUCGUGAAAGAACUGAGCAAGCUGAAACCUCUCCUUGAGAGAGACAUGAAAUCCAGCCUUCUCUGUGCUUCCUUCAGAAGUAUAUUUUGCCUGGUUCCACUGGACCUGCUGGAAAGGAAAUCUCACAUCACCAAGCAGGCCGUGAACGUCAAAGGGCUCUGUCAUCAAGCCAUGAGCAGUCUUGACGAAAUGCUGCAGGGCUUGCUGUUGGAGAAUCCACAUCCCAAGGAACUUAAGAACAUGCUGGAGCUCAUGGAGCCCUGGAUGACUUCAGCGCUGGAUCACGAGCGGGAGAGGGCCGUGCAGACCGCCAUGAAGCUCUUGAAAUUUGUAGCUGAACAUUUCCACUUUGAUCUCUCUCGGGAAUUCAGCAGGCUAGCCCACCUGACUGCCGUUCUGGUCAUGCUGUGUGGCGAUCCAGUGGAGCAGGUCAGCUCGUCAGCUGUCCAAGGCGUCAGUUGCCUCUACGAAGUCCUGCUGCACCGGAAGAGCCUAAAGCAGAGGAUGCAGAAGAGGAGAAAGUGGUCGGUGACGAAGAGUUCGAAGUCGCAGGAAACAGAUUGCCUCGGUCUGGUAGUGACAGAGAAGAGAUGGCAGAUGGCUAUGCACUCUGAAGACCAGCUCUUCUCUGCACAGCUGACACGCCUCCUGCUGUCCGCACUAGACAGUUUGAGAAGGUCUGACCCCGACUUGCUGAAGGCAGCAGAAGAAGUGCUGGAUGCAGUUCUGCAGAAUCAUGCCAUGAAGAUUGAAAAGGUGAAAGAGGUGGUAGGAUCAAUCUACAGGUGCCUACAGCUACGGCAGUCUUCCUACUGGACGCAGAAGGUUGUGCUGAGGGCGUUAACGUCAAUGAUCCCUCAUCACAUGGAGGAAGUGGUGCGCAGCUGCCUCUCCUUCUCCAUGCCCAUUGAGAGGCAUGGCAGUGAGCUCUGGGCAGCUAUGGCGGCAGGACCCCAGGUGGCCACACAAAUCCUUCACCUUUUGCUGAAGAACCUCCAGUCCAAAGACCCUCUGGAUGAAAGCAGCACCACCGUGUCUCUGGCUGCUACCGGAGGGCCCUUGUGGAGAUGCAUCUGCAAACUGUUCAUCCCUUCACUCAAGCAGGUCCUCUACGUCAUGCAGCUGGACCUGCCUGCAUCUCUGAAGGCCAGGCAGGAGCUCAUCAUGGGAGAGAACCCCAGGGCGCUCAGCUUCCAAAGGACUUCGGUGGAGAUCAUGAAAAAUCUGUUCUCCAUUGCGGGGGACUGGGAGGUCUAUGCUUGCAUUGAAUUCCAGCAAGGGUGGAGUGUGCUGUGUACCCCCCAGCAGUUCUUGCAAGGCACCCACCUCAUUGCCAGGGCCAUGGCAGAGUGUGGCAGCUCCCAGAUCCCGGGUAUCUUUGGGGAGGCAGCUCUCAUCCUCAACAGUGAGGAGGAUGAGUUGAAGAAGAUGACCGCGUUGGCUUUAGUUAUUGAGUUCCUCAAGAGCCCAUCCGCUGUCAAGAUGAUGAACAGGUUCAGCCUGAAGGACCAUCUUGAGGAAGGCCUGUCUGCCUCCAAUCCAGUCAUCCGAGAGCUUUGCCUGAAAGGACUCAGCAGUUUUGUGUUCCAGCAAGAGAAGGUGAAGUUUCUCCGAGACCAGCUGCCUGCCCUGAUGAACUCUGUGUUUGGUGGGCUGGAAGGAAACAUCCUGCAGGGGCUGAAGGACAUCAUGGCUGCCAUCUAUGACAUGGACGGCCAGUGGAUUGGGCCCAUCUGUGUUGACCUUGCUCUGAAUGUCCGUUCCUUUUUUGAGGAUGAAAGGGCAGAUGUCCGGGCAUGUGCCAUGUCACUCUUUGGUCAGUUGGUGAUGAGAGCGAAAGAGGCUGACAAGACCCUGCUAAAGAAGGAAGUGGUGUACGGUCUGCUUGCUUUGCUGCUCCAUUUGAAAGACAGAGACAACAUCGUGGCCAUGAAAGGCCUCUUCCAAUGA